AUGGCUUCCUUAGCCAGUCUUCCGGUGGAAAUUCUCCAUGGGAUCUGCCAUCGUCUUGCCCUUCUCAGCACCGAAUCACUACGAAACCUAUGUCUUGCCAACAAAGACUUGAAUCGAAUCUGUUCUCCUUGCCUUGUUUACCGAUGGAGUGCCGGCCAAGACUGUGUAGAACCUCCCCUCGAACAGUUAUUGCUGCACCUCUUCAGGCACCCUGAGCUUCGGAAGGAGGUCAAAAGCCUUGGUAUCGGCUAUACCAUGCCGCCUGGGGGAACAACAUACCUAUUUUCAUCGCCAUCACCUGUGGACUUGGAUCGUGAGACACUCUCAGAACUGGCCGAAGCAGCUGCUUCAGACAUCAAGAUGAAGCCCGAGUACCUAGAGGAACUCUGCUCUGAUAUUAAACUUGGCUGCACAGAUGCCCUCAAUGUUCUACUUCUAGCUUGGUGCACGGAUGUGGCGGAUCUGAGCAUCGCACUUCCCCCACUCUACGCGAUAGAAUCGUUGGAUAGCCACGUCUUGACAUUUGCAAGAGAAGCCAUCCUGCGACUGCUACCCGAUGAGACACCUGCCGACAAUUUACCAUUUGGAGAAGUACGACACUUCGAGUUACAGUAUUAUGACCAUCACCAUCUUUACUUCAAAGCAGUAACACCAUUCUUUCACUUGCCGAAGAUCAAGUCGGUUGUGGCAUUCGGUCUUUGUGACUACGAAAUUGAAUGGAUGAUGUGGUGCAGUUAUGGCGGUCGCUACGAUUUGGAAAUUCCAGACGCUUCAUCAAGUUUGGAGGAACUUGUACUAACCAAUGCCAUGUUCGCGCAGGAUGCGUUAUAUACGCUGCUACGCGGCGUCCGUAACCUGAGGAAGUUGAAGCUUCAAACUUUCGUGUGCUCUAAAGAUUACCCUACAGACCGCGAGGAGAUUGCUGAUGUUCUCACAAUAUGCCAAGACUCACUGGAGGAACUUUACCUAGACACUGAGCCCCGUGAACAUCUUCUGGAUCCUGAUUCACGGAGGAUAGAUUUCGGUAUACUCGCUAACGAGAUGUUGGAGGAAAAGGAUGUAUUCAAAGAUUUUAUCAACCUACGACGGCUUAGCUGCCCCAUGACUGACUUCGUAUCAGUCAAUUGUGACGACGGACAGAACAUUGUUCCUGGCAAGCUACCCAAGUCCAUCGAGUUUUUGAAGCCACGAUGUUACGAUAUGGCAGAAAACUGGGUCAGCAACGAUUCCUCUGUGGGGCCUUACAUUGAGGCCUUUAUCAAGAUCUUGGAAGAAGCUGGCCCAGGUCAUCGUCUUUGUAAUCUGACAGUCUUGGAUCUUUCUGAGACAUUCAAGGAUGAUCUGGAGACAGUCGGCAUCAAUAGGAUGAAGUAUCUGGCGGAUGCUAGGGGUGUUCGACUCUUGUUGAAAGAAGACUAG